AUCAAGAUGAGGAAACAUAUCGAGAGGUCCUCACUUGUCCGAUAUGCCUUGAACUGUUAACUGACCCCAAGGUGACUCCCUGUAUGCAUACGAUUUGCUGUGGGUGCCUCGACAAAUGGAUCAAUCAAAAAGGACAAGGGAAAUGCCCAUGCCCUGUUUGUACCAUUGAGUUUGAACCACCAACAGGGGGCGCCAAAGGCCUUAAGGGCAACUACAUCCUCAAUGACAUGCUAGACACCUUACGGAGACGACUAAAAAAGGAAAGUGACAGUACUAUCAGACAUUGUGACAUCUGUUUAAACGAAGAUGAAAAGGUCAAGGCAACAUCCAAAUGCAUAGACUGUGAUCAAUAUAUAUGUAAAGAAUGCACCAGAGUACAUAGUAACAUUAAAGCGUUGAAGGAUCAUAAAGUUAUUCAAAUAACUGGAGAUGAUCGUAAAGACACUAGCGCUUUACUUGAGAUGAUCCCAAAGCGAAUGAAAUUCUGCACGUCCCAUCCCGAUGAACAAUUUAAGUUCUACUGUCGAAGCUGCAAUGAGGUCUUAUGCAGGGAUUGUUGUAUAACUACACAUAGCGGACACAAAUGUGAGAAUUUGAAUGAGAAUGUCAAACAAGACAUGAAAAACAUCAGAUCCCUCAUCCAAAUAUCUCUGCAGAGAGAAGAAAAUGUAAAUGCAGUUAUUCAGGAAAUGAAUGACUAUAAAGAGAAAAUUGAAAGAAAUGCAUCAGAUAUGAAAACCAAGAUAACCAAAGAUAGACAAGCCCAACAUGAAUUAAUCGAUAAAUACUACAAUGGAGAAGAAGCCAAGGUGGAAAGAUUUAAAUCUGAAGGCUUAAAGAAAGUAGAUGCACAUAUCAGUAGUCUCCAAAUGCAAAAUGGGAUCACAGUAAGCACACGACAUCUCCUUGAUACCCAACAACAAUAUGGGCACCCAGCUGAAAUCAUUAACAUGAGAAAAGAGAUCACAAAGAAGACGGAGGAGUGGUCACAACCUCAAGAAUUGGAUUUUGAUUCUAAGUUCAAGUUAACAUAUACAUAUGGGACAUCGAAGACCCCGGGGCUGCAAUUUGGCCAAGUUUCAUCGCUCAAGAACAUUAUCAAAGAAAACAUUAAGAUUGAAAAAGAUGUAGCUCCCUUCAAAGAUGAAAAUAUUGAAUUACACGAUCUUGCUAUUUUAGACAAUGGUGAGAUUGUUACAGCUCAUGCUAAAGAUGGUAUUAAUAUCAUAGACCCUGUCACACAUGAACAGAAGUUACAUGUUACGAUGGAUUGUAGUUAUGUUGCCUCAGCUCCAAACAAUCAAAUUGCAGCUCUGGAUUCCGAAUCAUGCACUCUUAAAUUGGUUGAUAAUAAUGGAAAUAUUGACACUACAAUGCCAUAUAUGGCUUGGUCAGUUGCAGCCACACCAGAUGGAACAUUGAUAGCAUACUUUGGAGGUAAAAUAUCACUCAUGAACUCUCAAACCAAAACCUUAAUCAAUACACUUAGUGUAAAUAAUGAUUUUCUCCCUCCCUGUAUUGCAGUUAAUUCAAGAAAUGAGAUCAUUCUCUCGUUCUACAGUAACAACAGUUUGGAAGUUAUUGGUCCACAAGGUGAUACUCUAAUACAAUAUGAAGGACUAAAAAAGCAAGCUCAGCUACAACAUCCCUGGGGAACAUGCACUGAUCCUUUUGACAACAUUAUUGUUGCGAGUUAUGGCACCAACUCAGUGCAUCUCUUGAAUUCACAUGGAAAGUUUAUCAAGCUAUUGGUGACCAAGGAAGAUAAUAUUGUCGGCCCCUCAGGGGUUGUAGUGGACAAACAGGGCCGUCUCAUUGUUGGAACAUCAAUUGGAAAGUUAUAUUAUAUCAGCUAUCUUGAGUCGUGUGCUAACUAAAUUUGGAAAAGAUAACAACACAUGGUUAAUAGUGAGAGCAUGUCUAGGUGGACGAUUCUUCAAUUUGAUAUGUGUAUAAGCUCUCAAAUGAGUAAUCUGUUUCCCGCAAAAGCAAAAUUUUGUCCUAUACAAUUCCAAAAGUAAAGGGUUGCAUUUUUGUGUGAUCCUUUUUCAGUUAUAUAGUUGCAUAUACAUGUACAGUACAUAAAGACAUCCAAGUAACAUACUUCAAGGUAUUGUUAAUGUGAUGAUCUAUUGUGAAGAACUAUUAUUUCUAAAUUAAUAGUUUAAAUGAACAGUGACUGCUGAAAUAAUAAAUAAAUCAAUGAGCAACAAA